GGAGAAGGAACUAUAACGUCGGCGGCAGCAGAGAAAAGGAAAAUGACACGGGGCAGCCUCCAGCCCCGCGCGCCCCUCAGGACCUGAGCUUGCUCUUUCCCUCUCCGCUUCCCUCCCUCCCUCCCUCCAGGCCCAGCCGCCUCCCCCUCCCUUUCCUUCCCCCCCUUUCCCCGCCUGCUGCCCCCCCACCGGAGGUGCGAGCCAAAGGAGCACCGAAACUUUCAAGCCGGCCGCCUUCCGCGGAAAAGCCUCAGCCUGCUCGCCCGCCCGCCCGCCCGGCCCCGGUUCACGCGGGGUGCGGUGCUCGGCGGGGGGCGCGGAGAGAAGGAAGCCAGCCGGGGGCCCAGAGCCCCUCCGCGGCCGCGGAGCUGCUGUCACCGUUUGUGCUGGAGCGCCGCCGUUCGAGCGAGAGGGAAAGGGAGCGCGGCGGCGGCGGCGGCGGUUCCUCUUUCUCGCCCAGCAGCAGCAGCGCUAAGGAGACUCGGGGCCCCAUUUCUCCCCCUCCGCCGCCGCGCUCAAGGUAUAGCCUGCCUGAGCUGAGGGGAGCCGCGCCAGUGGCGGGAGCUGCAGCAGCGGCAGGAGGACUUUCCUUGCAGCAGCAGCCGCCGCCGCCGCCUUCUGGCCAGGGCCCUUGUGCCGCUGCGGGGCCUUCGCCUGAAUUGCCGCCGCAACCAGCAGCAGCGGGCCCUGUCCGCGGUGCCGCCGUCCUCGCAGCGCCCGAAGAAGGAGCAGCAGCAGCAGCAGCAUCGCUUUCCAGCCGCCGCCGCGGCCGCCCUCUUCAUCACCGGCGGCGGGGAGAGGUGGGGGAACAGCCUCCUCCGCCGAGGCUCCGAGCCAUCUGCGCCCUGCAGCCGCCGCCGUGCCUAUCCGCGCUGUUCCUGAGCGGCUCCCGGCUCCCAGACAUGACCGCCAUCAUCAAAGAGAUCGUCAGCAGGAACAAAAGGCGAUACCAGGAGGAUGGCUUCGAUUUAGACCUGACCUAUAUUUAUCCAAAUAUAAUUGCAAUGGGUUUUCCUGCAGAAAGACUUGAAGGAGUAUACAGAAACAAUAUUGAUGACGUUGUGAGGUUUUUGGAUUCAAAACAUAAAAACCAUUACAAGAUAUACAAUCUAUGUGCUGAAAGACAUUAUGACACCGCCAAAUUUAACUGCAGAGUUGCACAGUAUCCUUUUGAAGACCAUAAUCCGCCGCAGCUGGAGCUUAUCAAACCUUUUUGUGAAGAUCUUGACCAAUGGCUUAGUGAAGAUGGCAGUCAUGUUGCAGCAAUCCACUGUAAAGCUGGAAAGGGACGAACUGGUGUAAUGAUUUGUGCAUAUUUGUUACAUCGAGGAAGAUUUCAGAAGGCACAAGAAGCCCUAGAUUUCUAUGGGGAAGUAAGGACCAGAGAUAAAAAGGGAGUAACUAUUCCCAGUCAGAGGCGCUAUGUAUAUUACUAUAGCUACCUGUUAAAGAAUCAUCUGGAUUACAGACCAGUGGCCCUCCUGUUUCAUAAGAUGAUGUUUGAAACUAUUCCGAUGUUUAGUGGCGGCACUUGCAAUCCUCAGUUUGUGGUCUACCAACUUAAGGUAAAGAUAUUCACCUCCUCUUCAGGACCCCCAAGACGUGAAGACAAAUAUAUGUACUUCGAAUUCCCUCAGCCAUUGCCAGUGUGUGGUGAUAUCAAGGUGGAAUUCUUCCAUAAGCAAAACAAGAUGUUGAAAAAGGACAAAAUGUUUCAUUUCUGGGUAAAUACAUUCUUCAUACCAGGACCAGAAGAAAAUUCUGACAAAGUAGAAAACGGAAGUCUUCUUGGAGAUCAGGAACUUGAUGGGAUUUUCAGUACAGAGCGUUCAGAUAAUGAUAAGGAAUAUCUAAUACUUACACUAACAAAAAAUGAUUUGGACAAGGCAAAUAAAGACAAGGCAAAUCGUUACUUUUCUCCAAACUUCAAGGUGAAGCUAUUUUUCACAAAAACAGUAGAAGAGCCAUCAAACCCAGAGGCUAGCAGCUCAACUUCAGUAACACCGGAUGUUAGUGAUAAUGAACCUGAUCAUUAUAGGUAUUCUGACACCACUGACUCUGAUCCAGAGAAUGAACCUUUUGACGAAGAUCAGCAUACGCAAAUUACAAAAGUCUGAAUAUUUUUUUUUAUUUGGGAAAAAAUACCACAAAGAAGAAAACUUGAAUAAACUGAAUUAUGGACCUUUUGAAAUGGCAAUAGGACAUUGUGUCACAAUUAUCAGUUGUAGGAACAGUUCUUUUCCUGACCAAUCUCAUUUUGCCCUAUGAAGUCUCUGGGCUUGACACUUCUUGUCCAGUUGAAAAAAAAGGUUACGUAGCUAUGUUAUGUAUAUACCUUUUCGUGUCAAGAGAACAUUUAAACUUCAAUUAGGAAAACACAAAGAUGGCACUUUCCCAUUUGAUUCCAGUUUUAUAAAAGUGGAGACAGAUCUGAUGUGUAUACGUAGGGAAUUUUCCUUUUGUGUUCUGUCACCAAUUGAAGUGGCUGUAAAGCUCUUUCUAAUACACAGGUUCACAUCCUGCCCCUUUCUUUGCACUUAUGUGGCAACAGAUAAGUCUGCAGUUGGCUUGGAGAAGUAACGGGUUUUACUACAUUCAAAUGCAUGUAAUAUGGGUAGGAGAGUGGAAAGAGAAGCUCAGAAAGGAUUGUUUUGUGCUGGACCCUGGACUGUGUACCAUUUCCAGCUUACUUACAUGCACCUCUUUAGCAUGCUACAGUAAUAAAUCCUGGACAUUUGAGGAAUCGCCGCUGUCACUGCUUGUUUGUGCAUUUUAUUUUUUUUAAAGCAUAAUGGUGCUAGAAAAGGCAGCUAGAGGGAGUGGUUCUGUAUUAGGGGUACAGGAAUGAACCUUCUACAGCAUCUUAAAAGAUCUACAAAUGAAGGGAUAUGAAAAUUUGGUUACAUGUGAGACACCGUAACAAUGACUUAACCAUACAAAUGUGGAGGCUGUCUACCAGAAAUGGGCUUACACAGUUGUUUGUGUGUUACAGUUGCCAUGCCCCCAGCUGUGGAUGAUAAAUGUUGAAGUAAUAUUUUUUCUAAAAAAAGAAAAUAAAAAAAAAUCCUUGUCUUUCAAACAUUUGGAACUGCUAUUUCGAAUUUCAUGGUGUAAAAUCCCAUUGGUUUAUUGGAGUUAAACUUGUUUAUUAUUGUCCCAUUUGAGUAAAAGAAUUUGGAAUAAUCCAUUUUUCCUAGUCCGUUAGCAUUGAUAACAAGGGUAUAUAUGGUAACUAGUCAAGGCAGAACUCAGGCUGAAUACCGAACAAAGGGGCAGCAUGCUGCUUCAACAUUCAUUGGUAAAUUUGCUCCCUUUUCUAAUCUGUGUAGUUGCGUGCCUAUAACUUCAUAUUAUUUUUAGUGGAACUUGCGUGUAACUGCACAGGAUCAUAGCUUUCAUCUAUUACAUAAACUUUUUUCAAAGCUAAUGUUCAGAUUUCCUCAAAUUCGAUCCAGUUCUACGAUACCAUAGAUGGACCUUAUUGGUGAGAGGUGACAACCGUGUCACCGUUGACUUUCUCCUGCAACUUACGUUGAGCCUGAUUUAUGUUAAGACAAUUUGAAAGCCACAUUAGCCAACUAAAAAGUUUGUGCUUUAAAAUGUUUGGAUGUUGACAGUGUUCGGUGUCUUGUACAGUUCUACUGUGUAACAUGGGAGGGUCAGAUUGGAAAUAUUUCAGUGGCCUUUUGCACUGUUCUUCCUUUGGAAUGUGAAGGUCUGAAUGAGGGUUUGGAUUUUGAAUGUGUCAGUGGUUCUGAGAAGCCUUGCUUACGUUUUUAUGGUAUAGUCAUUGGAAAAGGAAAAUGGUAUUAUAUAUAUAUAUUAUAUAUAUAAUAUAUAUUAUGCAUACUCUCCUAUACUUUAUUUCAGCUACCAUCCCCAUAGAACAUGGCAAGAAUUACUAUGACUGAAAGGUUUGAGUCCUAAUUAAAACUUUAUUUAUGACAGUAUUCAUCAUUUAGCUUGAAAAUGCAUUCUUGUAGGUAAUUUCUUGAGUUUCUGGACUGUGUGCUUAAAUUCUUGGAUGUGCAGCAGCUUACAUGUCUGAAAUUACUUGAAGGCAUCACUUUGACAGGAGCUUACUCUUAGGCCCUGUGCCAUCCCUCAUCAUCUGUAGCCCCAUUUAAAAUAGUUUGUCACAGUAGUUAAAGGGCAGUUGUAUAAAAUAGCACCAAGGUUAUAUGCUGUGGCACAAAUUGUAAACUGAAGGGAUGUUUACAUGCAGCAUCAAUUGUUUUCAGCUUUAAGGAAAAAGAGUUUGGGGUGCCAGUGUGCAGUUCCAUGUUUAAAAUUCUAGCAAACGUGCAAUAUGUUAACGAUGCCUGUGGUUGCCACAAAGUGCCUCGUUUACCUUUUUAAAAUACUGUUAAAAUGUGUCAUGCAUGCAGAUGGAAGGGGUGGAACUGUGCACUAAAAGGAGGCUUUAACUGCAAUGUUUGGUAGAGCUGCCUCUUUACUCCGCCAGUUCAAAAUUCUCAGUCUGUUUUCAUAUAGAAUAUUAUAUAUAUAUAUAUAUAUAUAUAUACAUAUAUAUAUACACUAAGAAAAAAAGUCUGUUAAGCAGCCUUAUUCUGAUUCAGCCUCUUCAGAUACUAUUGUGCUGUGCAACAGUGGCUCUGUGUGUAAUGCUAUGCACCGAGGAUACACAAAACAAGAAAAUGACAUGUACAGGAUAAUGUCUCAUACAAAUCAGAUGUCCGUUUGUUAUUGUGUUUAACAGCCCUUUAUCGUAGUGUUAAAACUCCACUUAAAACUGAUUAAAGUCUCAUUCUUGUCA